AUGGGCUCUAUUCCUCGCGACGAGACUCUUGAGACUCAGGUCGAUUUGGCCAUCAUCGGUGGCGGACCAACUGGUCUUCUUACCGGCUACCUCGCCGAGCAGCUGGGUGUAUCCGUGUGCAUCAUUGACAGCAAGAAUGCCACUCUUGAUUUGGGCAGAGCCGAUGCGCUCAAUGCUCGCACCCAACAGGCUCUCGAGGUCGUUGGUGUUCUUGACGAGCUUCUCCCGCAAGGCAUCACUUGCAACACAAGCUCAACCUUUGCAGAGGGCGACUUCAAGUCGCGCCAGAACCAAUGGUGGACUAGCCUUCAGCACUGCUUCCGCAAGAACUUCUUGAUGAUUGGCCAGCCCGCUGUCGAGAAGGCCCUCGUGGAGAGACUCAAGACGUCCGUCUGCUUUGGCGAGACUGUCACUUCCAUCUCGGAGGACAAGAACGGCGUGGUGACGACGACCAACAAGGGGCGAGUCAUCCGCAGCAGAUACGCGGUGGGAGCCGAUGGCGCUCGCUCCACAGUCCGCAACACGCUGGGCAUCACUUUCACCGGCACCAAGCCAGAGAUGAUUUGGGCCGUUUUGGACACCUUUAUUGACACGUCGUUCCCGGUCUGCUCCGAGAUCAUUACGUUCCAGCUCAACGGCCAGAGCCGGGUCUCGUGGAUCCCCAGAGAGCGCGGCAUGGCCAGAUUCUAUAUUCUGCUCGAUGGCGAGAUCACGCAGGAGAAGGCCGAGAACUCGAUUCGGGAGCACAUGGCCCCUCACCGAGUGGACUUUAAGAAGACGGAGUGGUUCAGCACGUUUGAAGUCAAGGAGCGCAUUGCGUCGACCUUUGUGUCCCAGAACGGCGGCGGCCGCAUCAUCUUGGCGGGCGACGCAGCGCACGUUCACUCGGUGAACGGCGGCCAAGGCCUCAACACCGGUAUUGCCGACUCGUUUGCGCUAUCAUGGAGGCUGGCGCAAGCCAUCACAAACAAGAAGCUCAGCUCUGGCGCGGCUGAUAAGCUCAUCCGGAGCUACGACAUUGAGCGGCGCAGCGUUGCCCAGGGCGUCAUCGACGUUGCAGCAAAGCUUGUCAGAGACACGGUUCGAACCGCAAAGGAGUACGUCUCCACAAUCGAGAAAAACGCUGGGUACAUUACAGGCAUGGGUGUCUCUUACGAUGGCACCGGCUCCCCCCUGAUCCAAGAAUCCCCGAGCCUGGGACUCUGGACCGCGGGCCGGCGUUGUCCGGAUGUCUUCCUCACGCCAGCAUCCGGACAAGAGCCGAAGCGCUUGUAUGAUCUCGUGGCGGGCAAGUAUGGCAAGCACUUGGUGCUCAAGAUUGGACGACAAUCGAAUGGUCCCGCCGCCGCCACCCUGGGGGACAAUCUCCAGGACUUGGCCAGACUCUUCACUGUCGCUCCCCACAAUGCGGAGACCCCUCGUACAACUGGAGUGACUGAAGAUUCUUCAUCGCCAGAAACGUUCUUCACAGCUGAUUGGGCGGGUGAGGAUGACGACUUCACCGUUGUCGUCAGGCCAGACAUGUACAUUGGCUACGUCGGCCAAGGAGGAGAAGAGUGGAAGCAGUACCUGUCGUACCUGACUCAGUAA